GUGAUUUGGUGUCCCGGGCCAUGCAUCACCUCCAGCCUCUGCACAUUAAGAACCCAAGCAACGGGACUCCAGUCCACCAGAAGACCAACACCACGGUGCACUGGGAGCCCGAGGCCCUCUACACGUUGUGUUACUUCAUGCACUGCCCACAGAUGGAGUGGGAGAACCCCAAUGUCGAGCCCUCCAAAGUCACCUUACAGACUGAAAGGCCCUUCCUGCUGCUGCCCCCGUUGAUGGAGUGGAUACGGGUAGCGGUGGCCCACACCGAGCAUCGGCGGAGCUUCUCGGUGGACAGCGACGACGUGAGGCAGGCGGCCCGCCUGCUGCUGCCCGGGGUGGAUUGUGAGCCACGGCAAAUAAAAGCGGAGGACUGCUUCUGCGCCACCAGGAAGCUGGACGCCGCCUCCACGGAGGCCAAGUUCCUGCAGGAUCUGGGCUUCAGGAUGCUCAACUGCGGACGAACGGACCUGGUCAAGCAGGCCGUCAACCUGCUGGGGCCAGACGGCAUAAACAGCAUGAGCGAGCAGGGCAUGACCCCUCUCAUGUACGCCUGCGUGCGCGGGGACGAGGCCAUGGUCCAGAUGCUGCUGGACGCGGGCGCCGACAUCAACAGCGAGGUGCCAAGCACAGUAAACAAGCACCCCUCAGUUUAUCCUGAAACGCGCCAGGGGACGCCACUCACUUUCGCCGUGUUACACGGACACGUCCCUGUCGUGCAGUUGUUGCUGGAUAAUAGAGCAAAUGUGGAGGGCGCCCUGCAGGAUGGGGCGGAGAACUACACGGAGACGCCGCUUCAGCUCGCCGCGGCGGCAGGGAACUUUGAGCUGGUCAGCUUGCUUUUGGAGAGAGGGGCCGACCCCAUGAUCGGGACCAUGUGUCGAAACGGCAUCUCCUCCACCCCGCUGGGGGACAUGAACUCCUACAGCCUGGCAGCAGCACACGGCCAUAGGAAUGUAUUCCGGAAGCUCCUGUCCCACUCCGAGAAGGAGAAGGGGGACGUGCUGUCCCUGGAGGAGAUUCUGGCCGAGGGCUCGGAGCCGGGGGAGAAGAGGCUGGCUCCCCAGGCCAACUGCGGAGGGACCCUGCGAACAGGAAAGGCCAGGCUGAGGGCCCUGAGAGAGGCCAUGUACCAUAGUGCAGAGCAUGGCCAUGUGGACAUCACCAUAGACAUCCGCAGCUUAGGCGUUCCCUGGACGCUGCACACCUGGCUGGAGGCCCUGCGCACCUGCUUCCUCCAGAACCGCCGGCCGCUGAUCCAGGGCCUGCUCAAGGACUUCAGCUGCAUCCAGGAGGACGAGUACACCGAGGAGCUGAUCACCCACGGCCUGCCUCUCAUGUUCCAGAUCCUUCGCUCCAGCAAGAACGAGGUGAUAAGCCAGCAGCUGUCGGUCAUUUUCACGCAGUGUUACGGGCCCUUCCCCAUCCCUAAACUGACCGAGAUCAAGAGGAAGCAGACCUCCCGUUUGGACCCUCACUUCCUGAACAACAAGGAGAUGUCAGACGUCACCUUCCUGGUGGAGGGGAAACCGUUUUAUGCACACAAGGUUUUGCUGUUUACAGCUUCGCCGAGGUUCAAGUCCCUACUCCAGAACAGACCAGCAGCAGAAAACACCUGUAUUGAGAUCAGCCAUGUCAAGUACAACAUUUUCCAUCUGGUCAUGCAGUAUCUGUACUGCGGAGGAACCGAGUCCCUGCACAUACGGAACACGGAGGUGAUGGAGCAUUUCCCGUCCAUCGCCCUGUGCCUCAUUCUGGGCCGAUGUGCCACCCCCCCGCAGCUCCUGUCUGCAGCCAAGUUCUUCCAACUAGAGGCCCUUCAGAGACACUGUGAGAUCAUCUGCUCCAAGAACAUCACCACCGAAACCUGCGUGGACCUUUACAAACACGCCAAGUUCCUUGGUGCGUCGGAGCUUACGGCUUUUAUCGAGGGCUACUUCCUGAAGAGCAUGGUGCUGCUGAUCGAACUCGAGGGCUUCAAGCAGCUCCUGUACGAACCCCCUCCCGCCGAGAGCCCCGCGUCCAGCCCCGGGAUCUGCUCCGACAUCCUCCACGACCUGGAGAAAACUCUGGCCACCCGCAUCCACUCCAUCCACCUGUCCACCUCCAAGGGCUCUGUGGUGUGACGCCGUCCCCCCCCC